CGAAAGUGACUGCCCCACUCUCACUGACUCUCAAUUUGGUGUUCUGUAACUCUGUGACUAACCAAGAAGUCUCUUCAGAAAAUUCCCCCAAGAGCCGAAUUUUAAGCACAUUUACUUUGUAGGAAGCAACAGAAAGGCAGCAUGUCAGCUGAAACGCCAGUCUCACUGAAUAUUGAUCCUCAGGAUCUGCAGGUCCAAACGUUCACUGUAGAGAAGCUACUGGAACCUCUCAUCAUCCAGGUUACCACACUUGUAAGCUGUCCCCAGAAUCCUUCCAACAGGAAAAAAGGACGCUCAAAAAGAGCCAGAGUCCUUCUAGCUUCUGUGGAGGAAGCAACAUGGAAUUUACUAGACAAGGGGGAGAGGAUUGCCCAGGAAGCCACAGUUUUAAAGGAAGAGCUUACUGCUGUACUUGAGGAAGUUCGCAAAGAAAGUGAAGCUCUGAAAGUAUCAGCAGAGAGAUUUACAGAUGACCCCUGUUAUCUCCCGAAAAGGGAGGCUGUGGUUCAAGCUGCCCGUGCCUUGUUGGCUGCAGUUACCAGACUCCUUAUCCUUGCAGAUAUGAUUGAUGUCAUGUAUCUCUUGCAGCACCUGUCAGCUUUUCAAAGGACAUUUGAGUCUCUGAAAAAUGUUUCCAACAUAUCUGAUCUCCAGAAGACCUACCAGAAGCUUGGAAAGGAGCUAGAAAAUCUGGAUUAUUUAGCCUUCAAACGUCAGCAGGACUUAAAAUCUCCAAAUCAGAGGGAUGAAAUUGCAGGGGCUCGAGCCUCAUUAAAGGAGAACUCCCCACUCUUGCAUUCAAUUUGUACGGCUUGUUUGGAGCAUUCUGAUGUUGCUUCCCUCAAAGCCAGCAAGGACACAGUUUGUGAAGAAAUUCAGAAUGCCCUCGAUGUAAUUUCAAAUGCUUCACAAGGCAUCCAGAAUAUGCCGACUUCACCAGAACCUCAAGCAGCCACCCUGGGAAGUGCGCUUGAUGAGCUCGAGAAUUUAAUUGUCUUGGAUCCACUCACAGUGACUGAGGAGGAAAUAAGGCCGUCACUGGAGAAACGACUUGAAGCCAUUAUCAGCGGGGCAGCUCUGUUGGCAGACUCCUCAUGCACGAGGGAUUUCCAUAGGGAACGAAUUAUUGCAGAGUGCAACGCCAUUCGCCAGGCGCUUCAGGACCUGCUGUCAGAGUACAUGAACAAAACUGGAAAAAAGGAAAGGAGUAAUACUCUGAAUGUUGCAAUAGACAACAUGUGCAAGAAGACAAGAGACCUUCGUAGACAGCUCCGUAAGGCUAUUAUAGAUCACGUGUCAGACUCUUUCUUGGAUACGACAGUUCCACUUUUGGUUCUCAUUGAAGCUGCCAAGAAUGGCCGGGAAAAGGAAAUAAAAGAAUAUGCAGCAAUAUUUCGCGAACAUACCAGCAGGCUUGUAGAGGUGGCAAACCUUGCUUGUUCCAUGUCAACAAAUGAAGAUGGAAUUAAAGUUGUCAAAAUGGCAGCCAAUCACCUGGAAACCUUGUGCCCACAGAGACUAUACCUAUCUGCUGAACUCAGAAGUUUUCACCAGGACUCAUGGAAGGAGGCAGAAUGGAAUACUGGGAAGAGCACAGCUUUGGGGUUCAGAGAGAGCUGGUGGGAAUGCCAGCUAUCCUUCUUACCAGCUAUAGGCUGUGGGGUUAUUAAUGCCACACUUGCUUUGGCUGCAAGACCUAAAAGCCAAGUGGUGAAAAACACCAUGGAAAUGUAUAAACGCACAUGGGAGAAUCAUAUACAUGUCCUCACUGAAGCUGUAGAUGACAUUACAAGCAUUGAUGACUUCCUUGCUGUAUCUGAGAGCCAUAUCUUGGAAGAUGUCAACAAAUGUAUCAUAGCCUUGAGAGACCAGGAUGUUGAUAAUUUAGACCGUGCUGCAGGUGCUAUCAGAGGACGGGCAGCAAGAGUCGCUCACAUAGUCACAGGUGAAAUGGACAGUUAUGAGCCAGGGGCUUACACUGAAGGUGUGAUGAGAAAUGUUAACUUCCUUACAAGUACUGCAAUUCCUGAGUUUGUAACACAAGUGAAUGUCGCCUUGGAUGCAUUAAGCAAGAACUCGAUGGAUGUGUUUGAUGAUAAUCAAUUUGUUGACAUCUCAAAGAAAAUCUAUGAUACAAUUCAUGAUAUCAGAUGUUCUGUCAUGAUGAUUCGGACCCCAGAGGAGCUGGAGGAUGUUUCCGACCUGGAAGAGGAUUAUGAGGUCCGCAGUCAUACCAGCAUUCAGACUGAAGGAAAAACAGACCGGGCUAAGAUGACUCAGUUGCCUGAGGCGGAAAAGGAAAAGAUUGCAGAGCAAGUUGCUGAUUUCAAGAAAGUCAAGAGUAAGCUGGAUGCUGAAAUUGAGAUAUGGGAUGAUACAAGCAAUGAUAUCAUUGUCCUGGCCAAGAAGAUGUGUAUGAUCAUGAUGGAGAUGACAGACUUCACAAGGGGAAAGGGGCCACUGAAGCAUACAACUGAUGUGAUCUAUGCAGCUAAGAUGAUAUCAGAAUCAGGAUCAAGGAUGGAUGUCCUUGCUCGACAGAUUGCCAACCAGUGUCCCGAUCCAUCAUGCAAACAGGACUUGUUGGCCUACCUGGAACAGAUCAAGUUCUACUCUCACCAGCUAAAAAUCUGCAGUCAAGUUAAAGCUGAGAUCCAGAACCUGGGGGGAGAGCUCAUCAUGUCAGCUUUGGACAGUGUCACCUCCCUGAUCCAGGCAGCCAAAAAUUUAAUGAACGCUGUAGUACAAACAGUGAAGAUGUCUUACAUUGCCUCAACCAAGAUCAUCCGAAUCCAGAGUCCUGCUCGGCCCCGGCACCCAGUUGUGAUGUGGAGAAUGAAGGCGCCUGCGAAAAAGCCCUUGAUUAAAAGAGAGAAGCCAGAGGAAACCUAUGCAGCCGUCAGACGAAGCUCAGCAAAGAAAAAAGUACAUCCAGUGCAAGUCAUGAGUGAAUUUAAGGGAAGACAAGUCUACUGAAACCAUUAUUCUACUCUAAUGCCUAUAUUACAAAAUACUGGCUACCACUAUUCUAUUCUAAUGCCUAUAUUACAAAAUACUGGCUAACUAACACUUUAUUUUUACACUUGAUUAAUUAUCUAAGUUCACUAAAGUUUGGAGUUAAACCCACAAAUAACAUAAAAAUUUGGGAGCUGAACCAAUGUAGACCACUUACACUUGGGACCAUGUCAUUUUCAUCUCGAUAUGACCAGCACCUAAUAGAUAACUAAUAUAUGCUGGUUGAAUGAAUGAAAUCUUCAGGCAUCAUUCAGCCUUUCCCAUCACAGGGAUUGUAUUAUAUUCAUUACCCAGUAAACCCAGGAGGAUGAAGUACCGUUUUCAUUUUGAAUUAAGACACAGAUUUGGUUUUCAAUGGAAACAAAAGACUAUAAAAUAUCUGCCCAUUUAAUAUCCUACUUUCUUUACCUGAUCUAACAUAGCAGCAGUGUGUGAUUCCCACUAUAAGAAAACAGCUUUCAGUCCCUAGAUACCUGUAUCCGUUGUCAUCUGAUUAGACCAGCAUCCAUCAGAAAUUAACCAAGCUUAAGCAAUGAAGCUACUUACUGAAUUUUGAAGGUCAACCUCAGUUAUUAAGAAAGGGCUUUAUUAACAAUAUAAAGGUUACAAUGAGUUUGGAUGCCAUGAAUGUGUCUUUGAGUGUUCCCUUGUGUUCAGCAGUUCUGCACUUUGGGUGUUGUAUUUAAAAAUGCCCAUCAGAAUAUAUAUGUGGAAGAAAUUAUCACCUAAUUAGAAAUUAAGGACACCUUAUUAUAUCCCAGAGUGAGUGAUGAUAACAGAAGUGUGUGAUGUUCUGCAUGACUCUAAAAAUCCAUUGUAUCAGCUAGCAAUUGUAAUGAAAAGGAAAAGGCCAGUUUGGAAAACCUUUUGGCAUCAAAUGAAAUACAACUGUGUGAAUUUUAACAUUGCACUAUGAAGUGGAGUUAAUGGCAAUGAAGCUGGAGUGAUUUUAAUAACAUUAUUUUAAAUAAAAGUCCCUGGGAUAAUUUUAUAACUCCGAUCACUAUGCUCAUCUCUAGGUGAGUUCAUAAUUGUCUUCAUAAUAGUUUCAGAGUCUAGUCCAUUGUUUCACUUUCUCUCUCUCUCUCUCUCUCUCUAAGUGUCAUUUUGCUUUGAGCUUUCCAUAAGCAUUGAAAAUGUUAAGCUUCAGUUUCACUUUCAAUUCAUAGUAUUUUAAAUAUGCAUUCCCUAUUCCGCUUCAUCAGAAUGACAACACUAUAAAUGUAACUUCUAGCUUGCACCAAAUUGCCUCUGAUAAGCUGUCUCAACAACUAUAUCACCUUAGGUUGAUGAGGUAAAAUUCAUACAUAUACCAGUUAAUAUUAGUAUGACCAGUUUGGGUAAAAUGAUUUGUGAAACAUGGGAAAGCAUAAAAGUUGAGAGUAGGCUGUGUAUGGAUUCGUGAGCAAAAUGGUGUGGAACACAGUGGAAUUGAAUAUAUGAUAAAGGAAGUAUUUAAUAGAUCAUUAUUAAUUGACAUUAAAUUCCCUUUAUUGUAAUGCAUUAUUUCCUUCUUCCAAAUCGCUAAGUUGCCUGAGCUCAGAGCAUAAACUUCCUAGGAGGCAAUAAGCUCCUCCCUAUCUUGCACUAUGGAUUGGCCCACAAUAGCUAUUCUUGACAGAGUCCACUUUGCAAAAGAGGAGGAAGUGUGGAAGGGAAUUAUGGAAUACAGGUGAUUCUAUUUUCUGGAACUAUCUUGACAAUGGGGGCAAAAUAACAAGUGUCUUUUGUUGAAAUUCUGUGAUCAUUUUUGGUUCUAACUGGAAAGGUUGCAAGAGCGCAAUCUAUGAUGUAUCCUUUUCUAAGUUUCAAUGUGAAUUUAUAAUUUAGUUGAGAAAAGAUUUUUUUUUUAAAUAUCACCUAACUACUGGUUGUUUACUGUAGCUCUGAAAAUCACACGCUCAAGAAUCAUGAGCCUUAUUUAGAAAAUCUAAUGUGCAUUUGACUCUCUACCAGCUUUUCACAGGCCAGAAUUUAGAAUGCAAUAUUGUAUGCCAAAAGAACAAAAACAACUUGAAAUUAUACAAUUACGGAAUAACUUCAAUCACUUAAAAAUAAAACUGGCUAUUUACCCAAAAUGAGAUGUGAAUAGGAGCUCUUCUCCAGUGUAAGUAGACUUCCAGUUUAGUUUAAAGCAAAACUUUAGUUAAGCAAAACCUGAUAAAAAGUUUAACUCAAUUAAUGUCCCAGGAGUGAGGUUCUGCUGUAGUCAUCAAAGAUGCAAUAAACACAAGGUGCAUACAGCAGAAAAAGAUACCUGUCCACCUGAGUAAAUUCCUGCAAUGGGCAGCAUUAUCCAAGAUUCAGUUGAUUCAAACAUGCUAAUAUUAUAGAUGCUUGUACAUGAGAAAAGCAUUAGCAGCAAAAAUAUUUACAAAUUUUUGCAUUAUAAAUCAUAGUUAAAUGGAUCUAAUCAAUAAGCAUGACUCUUGCAGAUAUAUUUGUAUUUAAGCCCUUCUUCAGGGGGAUACCAAGAAGUUCUUACUGAGGGUAUAGUUUGGUGGUCAAUCUAUUUCUAUCAGAAAUGACAUCACAGAGAUUGCUAUUUCCUCUGACGAUACAUUUGCUUUAACCUGCUAAUCAGAACCCACCUUUCUCUUCUAGUGAAAUCCAUUUAUGUUAAUUUGUGCUUUAUACCACCUUCAAGGAACCUUCCCUUCCUGGUUAGCCACCGGCAUCAGUCAAAGAUUCAGCUGGGAUCAGACAGAUAUCUCAAAAAGUAUCCUUUAAUCAAAAUCCACUAAAGAUUCUCCCUAGUUAGAAAACCUGGAAAUUUUUCAUCAGAGAUGCAAGGUGAGAAAUAUAAAUCUCUCCCUUUUAUUUAUCAAAAAUGGAAACUGUUGGAUUAAAAUAUUUGUUUCUUCCUAAUGGAGUUUCUAGGUACAACUUGCUGAAAGAAUCAGAAAGAAACUCAAACACUAAAUUACUAAGUUAAUUUGUUAAUUCUCCUUUUGUGUUUAUCUUAAGACAUCAGUGUAAUUUAUGAACAUAUCAGUAAAUAUAUUCUUUGUAUUCAUAAGCAUGCCUUCUGAUCUUUGCACAUCUUUAACCACCAGUAUCAAUAUAAAAUAUAUGUGUCCCAUAAAAUUCCUUCUGUAAGGGUCCCCAGAAUUUUAUGGAGAGGCCCAUUCUUGCAGUCUGGCAUUCCUGACACACCAACUUUGAAGUGAGUCAGUUUUUAAGUCAUAAUACAGCAGCACAUUGAAAUUGUGAAAUUGAAAUUUUGUCUAUUAUAUGCCUUCAAACCUACUAAAGAGUUUUCCUCAAAUUUAAUGAUGAAUGGCUGAAAAAAAACUAACAGAAGGGAACAUGUCUCCAGUGGCUUCCUAUACCUUCACUUUCAAGAUGGACUUCUCAUCUGAGCCUCUGGGCUCAGAAUUCUCCUAUUAGCUGCUCGUAGAUUCAUACCAAAAUGAUGCAGUCAGUCCUGCCCUUCCCAGCCAAUUACCCCAAAUAAUACCUUUACCUCUUACUCCAUACACCAAAAAUCUCUCUUCUAUCCCUCAUCAAUCCUGUACAUAGAAAUUGAUUCAUAUAUUCUGCAGAGUUUUUUUGUUUGUUUGUUUCAAAUGCACAAAACCAUGCUAUAGGUUAUGGCUCCCAUGGCUACAAAUUUCUGUAGAGUUGUAGAAUGAGAUUUGAGAUUUUUCUGUUGAGGCUAACCAUUCUCUGUGAACUCAUUGCAGAAUCCCCAGCUUGUUUCAGUAUUGUUGUAAAUAUUUGUUUAGGUCAGGAAAGCAGAUACCAGAAUCUCAAGGGGGGUGAAAUCUUUACUUUCUUUUGUCAGCCUGUCUUUCGCCAAAACAGUGUGCCUACUGCAUACUUAGGAAUCAAAUGGCUAUUUUUCUAUUUGUAAUAUCAGGAAUAUUUCUGAUUUACUAGAUCAGAACAGUUAGGGCAUCCAGUUAAAGCAACUGCAACUUUCAUAUUAUUUUAAUAAUUCUUUUAAAGAAAACUAGGGAAAGUUAUUGCAAUCUGAGAUGUUGUUUCAAUACCAGGAAAUAACACAUUUCAAUGAAAACUCUAUAGCAUUUGUUUCUUCAUGACUCUUUCCAUGCCAUCAUCAUACUUUUAGAAUUAGUACUUUGCAUGUUAUCACCAAAUAAACAUGCCAGGUCUCAUGAAGAAAGCACCUACAUAUAAAGUAGUUUAAUAGUUUUCAUUUGGGUCCUUUGGGUCUAAUUAGGAUAGAAAACAUGGAUGUUAUUGUAAUCAGGCAUAGGCAACUGAAAAUGUCCUAAUCAAAGAGUGUUACGGCAAAAGACAAUCAUUUCAACCUUAAUCAUUUUACACGUGAUUGCCCCUUCCCAAAUCAGAGUACACAGGAUCCACUGCUGAGCACUUCAAAAGAAAAUAAUACUAUUUAAAAGAAGCCUUUGUAAAUUGAACCCAACUUUACCACAAUUCUAUCUAUGGGGAAUAGGUGGUCUGUGGGCCUGUGGGUACUCCCCUGUGUACAAACUGGGAUGAAGAUGUUUCAUGGCUGCAUUGUGGCUUAUAGAAGUCCCCUUUGGUUUUUGGAAGAAAAAUAGUAGGACUGGCUUUCAAAAUGAGAUUGGCAAGGUGGAGAAAAAGUAAGUAAAUGCAGAGAAAUUGUAAAAGGGCAUGUGAAAGAAAGUGCCAGAAGUGGGAGAGGUAAUAAGAGGGCAGUUGCAGACAUAGAUACCUUUGUAGACAGAGGGAGGAAGAGUUUUGGGUUCUCUGAAGAUUGGGCAUCCUCCUCCUGAGGAAGAUUUUAAGAAUAGUAUUGCAGGAACUUGUCUUUAGUGAUUUGGGUGAAGUCGUGUUGAAAAGAGGAUGAACUAAAUUAUUUUUGAAGAUAAUUUAGUGAUUUUGUUUGCAGGAUGAGAAAAAGAUUCAUUCAUUUUCCAAGCUGUUGAAUUAAUUUAUGUAGAUGAACAUCUCCUCCAUAUUAGAGCCAAUCAGAAUAAUCAGAUAUUCAUAUAUUCAAAACUAUUUAUUAAGCAACUACGUUGUUGACUCUCUUCUGGGUUCUUAGGAUACAUCAAGUAAUAAAUAAAUAGCCUUGACCUCAUGGGCAGCUCUUUGUGCUAGCUCUGCAUUAAAAGCUCUAACUUUGUUUAAUCUUCUCAAUAACCCUAUGGAUUAGGAAUUAUGAGCUCCAUUCCAUAGAUGAGGAAACUUAAAUAGGAUAAGAAUCUUGCUCAACUUUCACUGGCUCUAAAAUAUUGCUGUACUCCAGAGUCUGAACUUUUAAGCACAACACUAUCCAAACUUCCUGGAAAUUGUGAUUGAAUUGUCAGUGGAAAAUAAUAUAUACAUUUCACAAUGUUGGUUGGCCUUCUGUGUAAAUAAAAAAAAAAUAUUAUUCAUUCAAAUCCUACUUAUUUACAAACAGAUGAAAGGCAAGUAUAUAAAUAAUUAUUUCACAUUCUCAUCUCUUAACUGAAUAUAGGUUAUCAGGAAUAUGAGGAGUAAAUAUUUUAUCCAUGUGACCUGAAAUAAGAUGACAACCCUUACUAAAUUACUUAAUAAAUUACUUUUAUUAUCGUGGUGUAGAAAGCUUCAAUGGGAAUACCUGAUCUGUCUCAUCUUCAGCAUUAGUUGGUUAAAACCAUUUGUUGGUACCAUUUGUUUCCUCUUUCACCGCUAAUAUGUAUCCGUGUUUUUACAGUUACGGUUCUCAGGGAAACAUUGGCCAGGGUCAUUAAAAUAGGCUAACAUUCUCUGCAUUCCAAACUGAUCCAAACUACAUCAAAGCUAUGAUUCCUUCUUUAAAGAGGUAACCAAUGUGCACAGUAUUUGCCUGACUGCAGGUCAUCUUCAUCUUUCACUUCACUUGGCUCUUCUUCCUAGAACCUUCUGAAGCCUAGAGUCUUUCUUUGUCCGUGUUGCUGGAUAGACUUCCCUCUCUCAGGGAAUUAAGUGAUUUGCUGAACUUUCUUGUGGCAGAGCUAUAUUGUUUCCUCAAACUGGGAAUGUAUUUAUUUAAGGUUUACAUCCUCGAGUACCUGGUGGUCAUGAUGGUGCCUGCCCCCAUCUAUAGGGAAAGGAAGCUCUCAAGAAGGAAAUUCUCUUUGAAAAAGACUCAGAUUUUUAACAGUCAUCUCCAACAACACAGGGCAUAUACAAAUGCAACUUAAAUAAUAUUGGCUGAGUAACCCUGUGUUUUCAUUUCAAAUGAGGUAUUUUCUAGUUCUAAAGUUUUCUCUCCUUGGCAUUUUCAAGAAAGAUUCUUAUUUUACCUUUUGUUAUUUGGUCUUGUAGUUCUGUAGCAUGUUUUAAAACAUUUUACAGCCUCCUUUCAGUAGUUGUAUCAGUGGUUCAAAAGUCUCCAGAUACUUAGUUUUUCUAUUCAGAUUGCCUUGCAUUAUGCUGUCCUGGGCCAACCCUCAGUGUGUCACAUCAGUUUUUCCGUCUUGGAAAAUCAUCUGAAUCUCUCUGUGGUAUCUACUGAGAUUCUAGCUUAGACUGUUGGGCUUCCUUGACCUGGGAUUGUAUCAGCAGAUUUGGACUAGAGUGUUUAUUAAAAAAUUAAGGGGGCAUGUCUAAGAUAUAAGUUCAUACUCUCAGUUAAACAGAACUUUCCUCCUUCCUGAGGCUUUAAACACAAAAUUAAUUUUUAAAAGGAUUGUAGAGAUUGUGUUCUAUUGCUUGCAAAAGCUUAUGCUAUAAUAACUCUCUAGUCUCUUGUUUUGGUAGGCAUUGUGUCCAUAGGGACAUAAAUAUGAGAAUAUCUGCAAUUGUUUUUUAGAGUUGGCUAUGCUUCUUAUUAUAUUGAAUUUUUUCUUAUGUGGUACAGUUCCUACAAAGAAAAUUUCCUUGGACCUAAAUGACAGGAUAGUCAUUUCUCCUCCAUAUCCAUGACUAACAAGUCCCUGAAAACAGAAGUAGGCAUAUGUUAUGCCCAAUUUAGUACCUAAUAGUUGGGGCUUAAAACAAAAUUUACUUGGGCAGGUUGAGUGAUUAAAUAUGAAUUAAAGCUUCCAAUGAAAGAUUUCCAGAUGCCCUGCUUUCCAUUUUGUUUAUGUUUUUAUGGUUUCUUAGUGACUUUGCUAACAACAACAAAAUCACUUACUUUUUUUACUUGUACAAGCAGCAACUUUGACAGCUUAUAGUUGGUGACUUCUCUGAAGAUAAUAUGCACAUUAUAAUUCAGGAUGAAGGCAGAUUUAAACUAAGACAGUCUGAGAUGAAGUCAAAGUAAGCAAUUGAUAAUAGGUUCUUUAGGUUUAUUGCGACAAUAUGAUGAGAACUUAAGGUUUGUGGCAUUUAAGGUAUUUCAGAAAAUCUUGCUUGUGCAUCUCACCCCACUGUGCAGAACGCAGAGAAAAGCUGAGUGAAUAGGCUAUUACAGUCAUGGCCAGUUCAAAGUGGUUUUAUAGUUUGGCCAAAGAUAAGUUUCAGCAAAAGCAUUUGUGGAUUUUCUGGUCCAUGCUUACCCUUAAAGUCAAUUUUACCAAUCAAUAAAAAUGAAUUAUUUAUCCGGGAAUAGAAAUAACUCUUUAAUACCCACCCCCCAUGACAUUGACAUAGAAACCCUAUAAAUAUGCUGUGUUUGAGAUUCUGCAUGACUUUUGCACUUAACUGAAUCAAUGAAUAUCAUUGUGCUCUCAAUUGAAUUACUUUAUGCAUGUAACACUCAGUUUGUUUUGAUGUGAUAUACUAUUAUCUGAAACAGUACUUUAUUUUCACUUCAGCUUAUAUCACUCUGUAUUUCAUUAAGGAUUUUCUCAACUGACAAUUAAACCAUAUAUUUUAAAGCAAUAAAAAUAA